UGCGCCAGGCGGCUCUCUCUCCUCGGCAGCGGCAGGUAGGGAGGCGAGCCCAGACAGCGGGGAAGGGGAGCGGGGACUGGAGGACCCGGGACUAGAGGACCGGGGAUAUUCACUGACAGCAGCAGUUACGUUCAGAUUAACAGAACUGGGUGAUUUUCGAUGAGUGGCUGGACAAGAUUGAAUAAGAAACCGUGUAGUCGGCUACGGUUCAUGACCAUCCUUAGGUUUUCCUCUGAGCUCUCUAGUCACGGACACGAAUACUGGAUAUAAUUGUGGAACCACCACGGUGGUGACCAUCCCUUUAAGAGCGGCUCCUGUAGUAAAGGUGUUGACCAUCCCUUUAAGAGCUGUGUGUGCAGUGUGGAUAUAGUGUGAACCUGCCCGGAGAGCUGGAUUGUGGAGCAGCGAGUGUGUCUCCUCCUCUCACACUCCUCUCACACACACCUUGCCGCAAGCCUGGACAGAGGGACACAGAGACAGCAGCUACCCACUGAGCCUCUCUCCUCCCUGGGCUGUGAGGCCGGACCUCAACCCCCUCCCCCUAGCUGAGGACCAGGAGACCCACCUCUAGAGACCCACAGCAGACCUCAGAGAAAUGUGACCACUGACUGAACCAAGCCAGGACCAAACAGGCUGUUAUGGAUCUGAGAAGAAGAAGGAACAGAAGAAACUGCACGCUGUGAAUCCCUGCUGGUCCAGUCACAAUGGUCCCAGUUCUGUUUUUGGUGGCAAUCACGUUAUCAACCAAUGACACUUCCAAUGAAGACCAGACAGGAGAAGACACAAAGUCCCAGAGUUCCCACAUCCUGCCUACCGUGCUGGUCUUCUCCGUGCUGCUUGUCAUCAGCAUUCUGCUGGCCUGGUACUUCCUCAGGAUAAGGAACCAGAGAAAGGAGGUCGUCACAGCAGUCGACAAGAAAAUACCGAAUGGAAUCCUGGAAGAACAAGGGGACACCGUUGACAUCAUAGACAUCUCGGAGGCGUUAAACACACCCUCAUCAUCAGAGCAACAGACAGUGGUGCUGCUCCCCAGAUCCCCCUCUGCCUCUAAAACCUACUUCCCCAUCCCAGUCGACUGCCUGGAGGACGAGACCAGGAUACGUUCCGCUGACGACGGCAAACUCUUCAGAGAGGAGUUCAAUUCGUUGCCGUCUGGAUAUACCCAGGGGACAUACCAGGAGGCCAACAAAGAAGACAACAGAGAAAAGAACAGAUAUCCCAACAUCCUUCCAUAUGACCAUUCCAGGGUGGUGUUAACACAGCUAGAUGGAAACCUCUGUUCAGACUACAUCAACGCUUCCUAUAUCCAUGGCUACACGGACAAUAACAAAUUUAUCGCAGCACAAGGUCCUAAACAAGACACGGUAGCAGACUUCUGGAGGAUGAUAUGGGAACAGAAGACGGCAACUAUUGUCAUGCUGACCAACCUGAAAGAGAGGAAAGAGGACAAGUGUUACCAGUACUGGCCAGACCAGGGCUGUUGGACGUAUGGUAAUGUCCGGGUGGCUGUGGAAGACGUCACUGUGUUGGUAGACUACACCAUACGGAAGUUCUGCAUACAAUAUCAGGCCAGCGACGGCACCAAGCCCUCCAGGCUGGUCACCCAGCUCCACUUCACCAGCUGGCCUGAUUUUGGGGUGCCCUUUUCCCCCAUUGGCAUGCUCAAGUUUCUCAAGAAAGUCAAGACGGUCAACUCCUCCUUCGCUGGGCCCAUCGUGGUUCACUGCAGUGCUGGUGUGGGAAGGACAGGGACCUUCAUUGUGAUUGACGGCGUGAUUGACAUGAUGCACCAAGAGCAGAAGAUUGACGUCUUUGGUUUUGUGUCCAAGAUAAGAGACCAGCGCUCACAGCUUGUACAGACAGACAUUCAGUACUCGUUCAUCUACCAGGCCCUGUUGGAAUACUACCUCUACGGAGACACAGAACUGGACGUGUCAUCUCUGGAAGGACACCUGCACAAACUCCACAACACCCACGCCCCCUUCGACAGGGUUGGCCUGGAGGAAGAGUUCAAAAAACUGACCAACAUGCGGAUAAUGAAGGAGAACAUGAGGAUGGGAAAUCUCCCUGCCAACAUGAAGAAGAACAGAGUGCUCCAGAUUAUUCCAUAUGACUUCAACAGAGUGAUUAUGUCCAUGAGAAGAGGCCAAGAGUUUACUGACUACAUCAAUGCGUCAUUUAUAGAUGGCUACAGGCAGAAGGACUACUUCAUAGCGACCCAGGGUCCGUUAUCUCACACGGUAGAGGACUACUGGAGGAUGGCGUGGGAGUGGAAGUGUCACUCCGUCGUCAUGCUGACGGAACUACAGGAGAGGGAGCAGGACAAGUGUUUCCAGUACUGGCCCACAGAGGACUCAGUGACCUAUGGAGACUACACUGUAGAGAUGAAGGGAUCCACUGUGUGUGACAGCUUCAGUGUACGGGAUCUGGUACUCACCUACGGCCCAGAUAAGCAGACACGUCUGGUCCGCCACUUCCAUUUUCACGGCUGGCCAGAGAUCGGGAUCCCAGCCGAAGGGAAAGGAAUGAUCGACAUCAUCGCCUCGGUGCAGAGACAGCAACAGCAGUCAGGAAACCAUCCCAUCAUCGUACACUGCAGUGCUGGUGCAGGGCGAACAGGUACGUUCAUUGCACUGAGCAAUAUCCUGGAGCGGGUCAAGGCUGAGGGCCUACUGGACGUCUUCCAGACUGUGAAGAGUUUACGGAUGCAGAGGCCACAUAUGGUCCAGACCGUGGAACAAUACGACUUCUGCUACCGGGUGGUACAAGACUUUGUGGACAUUUUCUCAGACUAUGCCAAUUUUAAAUGAUGAAAUAUUUGCCUUACAAACAUUUUUUUUUUGUUUUGUUCAAAAGUUGUUGUUGUUGAUUUUUCUUUCUUCAAAUACCGGUUGGUCAGGCUUUGUGUUCUGUCCUUAGAAGGAUUGACAGGUUUUUCUAUUUCGCUAUGCACUUGUCCUUACUGUAACUAAAAACUCCAUCCCUCGCUGUAAUAUACUGUACGUCAACGGACAAAAAUUUGUAAAUGCCAAAAUUGUAAGAUUAAUAAUGUAUAUUUCACAUCAUGUAUAAUAAUUAUUUUGUAAUGAAAUUCAAGUGGUUUUUUUUUGUGUGUUUUAAAAAAAAACCUUGAGUCUCUUUAUUCACAUGUUUUAGUUGUUGUAUGAUACUGUACUUUUGUUAAAAAUCUUGUUUAUUCAGACUGAGUGUUUAUUUUGGCUUUUGACCGUCCUUGUUUCCUUUUGAAAAGAGGCGCUAUUGUAAAUGUUGUACGUAUCGAUAGCAGACCUUCCAUUUAAAUGCAUUCCAACAACGUUACGUGAACAUUAAUUAGUAAGAUAUUCUGACAUGUAUUGACGCCUUCUAUCUGUGACUAGAGGUGAUGUCUCAUCUAUCUUUUAUUUAAUUGGAAAUAACCCUUUUAUUUAAAACAAAAUAUAUAUAUUUAAGGUCUUUACAAUGCAAGUAUUUUCAGGCACAAUAUCAAGAACACACAACAACAACAACAAAUAUGCAAAGUAUUGAAUAUCAAGUUACGCCAUUAUUAUUAUUAUUAUUAUUAUUAUUAUUGUCAAGGAUAAUAGUUUGAAACAACAUAUUAAGGAAUUGUAAGAAUUCGUUUCCAUUAAACCUGAUGGAAGUAGUAGCCUACUUCAGUACAGAAAAUCAACAUGCAACUACACAUAUAAUAACAAGGUACCAGUAGUAGUACUAAUCAGUAGUACUAAUCAGUAGUACUAAUCAG